GCGGUCGAAUGCGACGUUAUUUUCGCUCAGAAACUUGGUCUGCUUGGUAAAACGUGCGCUGUCAACAGCCGCCACAAUUCGGCGCGUUUUUAGAAUGUCUUUCACAGACGACGAGUGUUCAGAUGUCGGGCUGGCUGGUGAAAAAAAGCUGCAGAGCUUCUUGUUCAGUUGUCAGCUCUCCUCCAAAGCGCCUUUUUAUACCUUCCAGGGAGAUGAAGAGGAAGACCUGGAGCACUUCAUUGAGCUCAGAACGAUAUGUCUGGGAGAAGGUGCCCUGGAGGAGAAUAACGUGGUGGAGGUAACGGCUAUGAACCAUCAUGGAAAGACAACGUCAGUGCCAGUGGCUAACCUUCACAUCAGCUGCCUGCCAAUGGUGAGUUUGGGUGAGUUUGAGCUCAAAGCACCAGUCACCAUCCGGCUGAAGGCUGGCUCAGGACCAGUUACCAUCAGCGGCCUGCACCUUAUUGCUUCAGAAAUUGAAGAAUCCGACUUGGAGGAAGAAGAAGAAGAAGAUGAUGACGACGACGAUGAUGAUGAUGAUGAUGAUGACGACGACGACGAGGAUGAUGAUGAUGAUGAUGAUGAUGAUGAUGAUGAUGAUAUGGAGGAAGAAGACAUAAGCCCCAUAAAACCAGCAAAAAAGAAGCACAUGCAGUAAAUCUUGAUUGGCGUUUUAGGCUUCACAUAAUGAUGCUUCAGGUAAUAAUUCAGGGGCCCCAGUGGAUAACGUCACGACAUCUGAAAUUCCCCAACACUUUCACCAUAUUCCCAACACGCAGCUGGCCGAAUCACUCAAAUUGUCACUCUUGAGCUAAAGACGAAAGGACUAAACUCAGUGAACACCUGAGACUCACAGUUGUUGAAUACAAAUAGUGUUUUCAUAGUAAAGUCAUUGUGUGUAACGAGGAUUCCCCACAUCAAGUCACCGAUUUACCAACACAAGUCACAGUUUUGUAGCUUGAAAAUACUGUUGUUGUUUUUUUUCUAUGUUGAAUGCCAAAUCAUAUGUGUGAAAGAUUUUGUACUUUAAUGAAAGCAUAAAAAAUAUUGUUUGUC